GUGCUUUCGAUUGUGUUCGGUUUCCCAAGUAAUGGGUAGGACUGAAUAUGCAAAUAUGAUCACGUUAAUGGAUUUCCAGUUGCCUAGAGCACUAAAGAAAUUUGCAGGAAACAAGAAAUUGGGAUGAGUGUGCAGGCGCUAUUUGAAGACAAACUCCUUCACAAGGCUCAGCGUGGCUUGCUGAUCAGCAAACCAAAAUAUGGAAUCUUUGUCACUGCCUUCUACAAGAAAAAUCUUUCUGUUAAUGACCACACCGUUCGGGAGGGAAUUUUGGAUGCAGCACGUGACGUCAUCACCUACGCUCUGACACUGGAGAAAGAAAAAGAAAACGAGUCACGUACCAGGGCAAUUGUUGCGUUUGACCCAGACCAGUGGAGAGAGUGGUAUAAAGAUGACCCCAAACUGGCAAACCUUGAUGAACGUCCCCCGGGUAAGAAGCUUGUUCCUGACUCGCAGAAAUUCGUGGACACAGGAGGAGAUGUGUUCUUUUUGCUUAAAUCAAACUUUGCGGGGGAAUUGGAGAAAGUUCUUCAGCGUGUUGAAAAUAAUAUGCAGACCUAUUGCGACAAGUUGGAUGUGACGCACUCUCAGCCCCCAAGUAAGCGGAUCCUUCAAAAUUCCUUUACUGAUGGAGUGGCAAAUCCCUGUGACGCAGAGAGCAUCAAGAAUUACAUUGUGAAGAAUGAAGGAGCGUUGUCAGGUUAUCCUGGAUCAUGCUACCUUCUGGCGCAGAAGUUUGAGUUCAACUGGACGGUCCUUGGAAACAUGGACAAGAUUCAAAAAGAAGACAUGAUCGGGAGGAAAUCUGGCACAGACACCUUCAUUCCUCACACGGACAAACGUGCUCACAUCUCGCGCGUGCACGUGGAACUCGACAUUCCACCAGUAAAUGGUCUUUUGAGGCAUAAACGCAUUUUUCGCGUUUCAAUGCCCUAUGGUCGAGCAGACCAUCCAAGCCAAGAAGAAGGGUUGAUGUAUUUGCACUUGUGUAACACUACAGAGGUGUUCAAGACUAUUCUGAAAAGCAUCGCUGGUGAUGACAAGCACUCUAAGCAAGGUGACGUAACUGUUGACAGCUUGAUCAGCGCAGUCCGGCCAAUACAGGGAAGCUUCUAUUAUGUGCCAAGCGCAGAAGAGUUGAAACUAUCCACUCUUACGGAACGAAGAUUUGAAAUCUUAGAUUUUUGGAACAUACGAAGCCCAUCAAACGACUACUUGUUUUACAAUCAGAGAGAAUAUCUCCACCGUAUGACAACUGGAGGAUACCUUCCUGGAGACCCUCCAAGCAACCGAGUCCUAGGUCUGGUAGACUACGCCUUUCAGCAGUGGAACGAUCAAUGGUUCAGACGCCGAGAGAUGCCUAAAAUUCCUCACCUUUUCACGAUGUUAAAACCCAAAAAGCUGAGCGUUGUGAAAGAUGCUUCCAUCAUGAUACGGAAAGGAUGGGCUGUUAAGAUAUCAUUGGGAAGGUUGUUUACUACAAACAAAGUGCACAAGCUGCGUGGUGCAAAGGAGCCAUUCUUCGGUUGCAAAGCCGACUUCUUUAACCUUCAUCCAGACGAGAUCAUAGUGGGAAGGAUGCCCAAAUGUUUCUCCCUUGGGCUUGGCAAGGCGGUGAUGCCUUACCUCCAUGAAAGCGAAGUGAUUCCAGCUUUCUACAAGGGUCUGAGUGAGGCGGCUGGAAUGGGACACGUGGUUCCUGAUUACGAGGUGCUGGUACAGAAAGGCCUAGGGAAAAUGAUAGAGGAACUGAAAGCCGACAAAGGAGAAACAGUGGAGGAGCAAGACUUUGUAACUUCCUGCGUUCUGGCUUUGAAAGGGAUGCAGAAGUACAUGAAGAACUUCGGAUUUUUGGCGGGUCACCUUGCUGAAAACAGUGGCUUUGCGAUAUCUGAGGCUCAGAAACAAAACUUAAAGCAGAUAGAGGCAAGAAUGAAGAAAAUGUCAACCGACCGUCCAGAGACGUUCGUUGAAGCUGUUCAGCUGUUAUAUUCAUAUCACUGCUGUUUGCACCUCACUGGGGAACCAACAUCUAUCGGACGUCUGGAUCAGAUCCUACUGCCGUUCCUGCGUGGAACAUCUGCUGAAGACGCCCAGGAAAUCAUUGACUGCCUGUUUGUCAAGCUCUGCGAACAUGCUCACAUCAACUCACGUUUGUUAAAUGAUAUAAAUACCUGGGGUAUGACAGCAGUUCCCUACGCUUCCACAGGGUUUUUUCCAAACGGUGACACCAUUAACCAAUGGGUGCAGCAGAUCACUGUUGGUGGAUACAAAGCGAAUGAAGCAGUAGAACCAGAAUGUGGUUGCAACGACGUGACCAUUAUGUGCCUGAAAGCCUCGCGCAGGCUUCCACUCAAUGCCCCGUGUUUGUCCCUUCGAGUACAUAGAAAUACACCACAAAAGGUUCUCGAAGAGGCCGCAAAAGUGAUACUCAGUGGUGGAGCCCAUCCAGUUUUGCUCCAAGAUGAACACCUUGUACAGGGCCUUAAAGAAGCUGGAGACACUAUAGACGUACCAGUGAGCCUAAAAAGCGCACGAAAUUACUGCUGUGACGGUUGCUACGAGCCAAUAUUUCCAGGAGAAACAGACUUCUCUCUGGCCUAUGUGCCACUGCUGCAAGUACUUGAAAUGACAAUCAACCACGGCUCUACGUACUCACUCGCUGGACCCAUGUAUCUUGAGGGUGUACCACAGUCUUUGCCCACAGAACGUGCGGAGGAGAUUACAAGUUUUGAUAAGGUCAAGGAGAUCUUUGCCAAGCACCUCAAUGUACGUACAGGGUACUCCCUCUUCUUCCUGCUGCUCAACUACGAUAACAUUGUGCAGUACUCUCCGAGCCCUCUGCUAUCUACCCUCAUCCGAGGUUGCGUGGAGACAAAGAGGGACAUUUACAACGGUGGUGCUAAUCACACGCUAAUUGGAGUGCAGUUCAUCUCUUUUUCCAACACUGUUGACGCUCUGUACGCCAUCAAAAGGCUUUGUUUUGAUCACGACUCCGCUCUAAUUUCCUUGGCCGAGUUAGUUCGGUGCCUCAAGUGUGAUUGGGGAUACAACAUGCAAGAACCCUUCCAUGACGAGAUUGCUGGCACCACUCGUGGCCAGCGGCUGUCUGACACUUACAAGGCAGUACGCGAAGCAGCCAUUAACCUGCCCAAGUUUGGAACCAGUGCCGGCGCGGAAAACAAAGACAUCCAGGAAAUUACCAGUUGGCUUGCAGACCAAGUUUCAACUGUUGUAAAUAAAGUGUCCCGCGCUGGUCCAGAAGCUCAUCAACCACUUGUCGAGUUGAUCGAUGGCCUAAAGAAAAAGUACUCGGUACCCGGGGCACCAUGGGAUGUUCUACUGCCCACAGGAUCAGGGACAUUUGAAGGAUAUGUUGGCUGGGGAGCAGGAUGUGGAGCUUCCGCUGACGGUCGGCGUUCGGGCUCACCCAUAGCCUCAGAUUUCGGUGCUGCUCCUUCGCCUCAGGAUAAGCCACCAAUACCAAAGAGCUUUGAUGUCUACAAAUCCCUUAAAAGCUGGGAUAUGCCCUCCAUCAACGUUGGCUUUGCAAACGGUGCAGAGAUCAGUUUCAAGAUUAUGGAGGACUUCAAAGAGAGUGACUUGGUUGAAUUCUUAAGGAAUUACGCCGACCUAAAGGGUAUUGGAGGAAACAUUAUGACAGUCACCUGUGCUAGUCCUGAGACAUUUACCAACGCCCAACGCAACCCAGAACAGUACGAUCUCAUCCGCGUACGUACAGGGGGCUGGAGCGAGUUUUUUAUUACUUUCUUCACUGCGCAUCAGAAACAUCAAGAGAGGAGAAUGUAUUACCAUACUACAUGAAGUACUGACUUCCUUGGCCUAUAACCGUACGUACGUGUUGUGGCAGAUCGGUCUUUUAAAAAAACCUUUCUGCUUAAUGAGUAGGGGUGAAAAUUCAUUCUAUAGGGUUUUUCUUUUCGAAGUAUCCAUGACUCAUAUCGAAGAAAGGUCAAACUAAAUUUAAGUGUUUUUGUAGUGGUUGCAGUUGAAAACAGUGCUCACGAUCAUUUCAUGCCUAAGUGCAAUUAACUGUAAUCCUAAAAGGCUUGAAUAUUUCCUAAAAUAGGGAACUAGUUGAAUAGAAGCUAAAUUUAACUUUCGUAUGCGUAUUAGAUAGAUUACACAUGAACGCUAAUUAGCUUUUCUGGUUGUUCUGUUCUCGUGUUUCCGCAGAUUGCGUUUGUUAGCCAAAAUAGCCGGAAUUUUCCGAUUUUCAGUUGACGCCAGGUGCUCUGUUGCUACAUAUUCUGCAGAAAUCCUCGCUCUGCUUGUAGUUCUGUUUAAAUGUAGGGAUCAGGUUUUGACGUGUUGUCGGUAGACGAUAGGAUCUAGCUGUAGGUUUAUUCAGUAUAAUCUUUGUAUGUCAAGUCCUGAGAGAGACCGCAACCAAUUUGAUGUAGAAAAACACUUGAGGAAACUUUAAUGAAUAAAUGGGCAUUAUUCAUUUCGU